CCGCCGCGGCCGAGCUCUGAUUUCCUGCAGGGUCGGAGCCGGUCCUCGCCGCGCCCAGCCUUUUGUUGCGCCACCCCUGCGCGCCUUAGCCCGGCGGGACUCCACCUAGUCCUAGGCCGGGAUCGAGUCCUCCGAUCGCCUCCCCAGUUACCCCCAAGUGUCCGGCCGGUCUCGCCUCAGGCCUGGGAAUCGGCCCCCGCCCCUGACUUAGCUCCCAGUGCAGCCCAACCCUCGUAUUUCAGGGCUCCAACCGCAGGCUGGACUGAGAACCCACUGGGAAUGGGAGCUGAGGGGCCUACUGCAUGUAGACUUUAGGCUUCCACCUUGACCCUGCCAGCUACCCACCGUGACCUUAGUUUAGUCGCUUUCCCUCCCCGCCGGCCCUUUUUCCUCUGAUCUGGCCCUCUGUUCCAUGAGUUAGUGUCAGAGCCUGUCAGUGCCCCCACCCCCUGCAGCUGAAGCCGGCCCAGAAACAGCCCACACUUUUCUCUCUUGACUGCAGAUUUUGAGUAACAUCUUGAGAAAGAAGAACUUGAGACCACAGAGGGAAGUAAAAAGAAUCUGAUACCAGCCCUUUGGGGAGAAAAAGCAUACCCCUUUCACCAGAGUCAAGCAGGUUGACAAGAGUCCUUAUAAGUUAAUAGCUCUGAACAGACAUUCCUUCAGCUACCACAGGAUGUGGCUGUGAGGCAGAACUUUCCAGAGCCCUUGCAGGAAGAAAGAAGGCCCUGGGCCAUGGCCCAGGUCAGCAUUAACAGUGACUACAGCGAGUGGGGCUCAAGCACAGAUGCUGGGGAGCGGGCCCGUCUGCUGCAGAGUCCCUGUGUGGACACGGCCCCCAAGAGUGAAGGCGAGGCUUCCCCGGAAGGUCUGGACAGAGGAACCACUUCCACGCUUGGAGCCAUCUUCAUCGUUGUCAACGCCUGCCUGGGCGCAGGGCUGCUUAACUUCCCGGCAGCCUUCAGCACCGCCGGGGGCGUGGCAGCUGGGGUCACGUUGCAGAUGGGUAUGCUGGUUUUCAUCAUCAGUGGCCUCGUCAUCCUGGCCUACUGCUCCCAGGCCAGCAAUGAGAGGACCUACCAGGAGGUGGUGUGGGCCGUGUGCGGCAAGCUGACGGGCGUGCUAUGCGAGGUGGCCAUCGCCAUCUACACCUUUGGCACCUGCAUCGCCUUCCUCAUCAUCAUCGGGGACCAGCAGGACAAGAUUAUAGCUGUGAUGGCAAAGGACCCCGAGGAGGCCAGCGGUGGCCCCUGGUACACAGACCGAAAGUUCACCAUCAGCCUCACUGCCUUCCUCUUCAUCCUGCCCCUCUCCAUCCCCAGGGAGAUUGGCUUCCAGAAAUAUGCCAGCUUCCUGAGCGUCGUGGGCACCUGGUACGUCACUGCCAUCAUUAUCAUCAAAUACAUCUGGCCAGAUAAAGAGAUGACCCCAGGAGACAUCCUGACCAGGCCGGCUUCCUGGAUGGCCGUGUUCAAUGCCAUGCCCACCAUCUGCUUUGGAUUUCAGUGCCACGUGAGCAGUGUGCCCGUCUUCAACAGCAUGCGGCAGCCCGAGGUGAAGACUUGGGGUGGGGUUGUGACAGCCGCCAUGGUCAUAGCCCUGGCUGUCUACAUGGGCACAGGCAUCUGUGGCUUCCUGACCUUUGGAGCUGCUGUGGACCCCGAUGUGCUCCUGUCCUACCCCUCCGAGGACAUGGCUGUGGCUGUUGCCCGAGCCUUCAUCAUCCUGAGCGUGCUCACCUCCUACCCCAUCCUGCACUUCUGUGGGCGGGCAGUGGUCGAGGGCCUGUGGCUGCGCUACCAGGGGAUGGCAGUGGAGGAGGACGUGGGGCGGGAGCAGCGGCGGCGAGUGCUGCAGACGCUGGUGUGGUUCCUGCUCACCCUGCUGCUGGCGCUCUUCAUCCCUGACAUCGGCAAGGUCAUCUCGGUCAUCGGGGGCCUGGCCGCCUGCUUCAUCUUCGUCUUCCCAGGUCUGUGCCUCAUUCAAGCCAAACUCUCUGAGAUGGAGGAGGUCAAACCAGCCAGCUGGUGGGCAUUGGUCAGUUAUGGAGUCCUCUUGGUCACCCUGGGAGCCUUCAUCUUUGGCCAGACCACAGCCAAUGCCAUCUAUGUGGAUCUCUUGGCAUAACCACUGCCUCCCAGGAAGCACAUGGCCUUGACCAUUGGACCCAGGAAUUCUCUCUUAGAGCUAUGGGGCCACCCAAGUCCAACAUCAUUCCAGCUGGUGKGAUGACACCAGACAUCCUUUUCCAGGAAUACUUCUGGGGCAGAAUCAGGCCCCACACCUGUGGACAGUUCAAGUUUAGCUCUCUUCCUGCUCCCCAGCCAUGGCUACGCUAUGGGUGGUGGCAAGUCUAUGUCACAAAGGAACUUCUUUCUCCUAACUCAACUUCAUGCCUGCAACCCCCACGGGUAGAGGAUCAGCAGGUACUAGAAGAACCAGUCUGAUUUCCCUCUGGAGAAAGACCACAUUGGAAGGGCCAGUGUCCUCCACAGAGCAGCCUGUCCUGAGUUGGGGUUGGGCAUAUACCCUCAGGCUCAGUGCUUGCUCCAGCCCAUCAGCAGCCAUGGACAGUAUUGGCUUCUUCUAGGAUCUGGCAAUUUCCAAAGGUAGAGCUGAAGUCUUACAAAUGGGAAGAAAUAGGUAGAUGCUGGCCUUGUCCAUUCCCUCUUGGACCCCUGAUGGCCUCUUUCYCAUGGCUGGCAUUUCCCAAAUCUUUAGGGACUGACUUUCUCCAAACCUGAUGGUCCAGGUUGAGCACCCUCUCUUCCYCCAUCCCCAGGUCUCACCAACUCUAAUGUUUACAAAUGGCGCCAGCCUGGUUCUGAAGCCAGGGGCCGCCCAUGCCACGGUGCUGUGAGUACUCCUCCAUUAGCUUUCCCCACGGGCAGAGGGUGGGGUCUGCUGCUUCUUUUGGAUUUCAGGUGGGCCACUCUUUUCAGAAACUCAAGGUGGGUGAGGGAGAAGGCUGGGAGCCUUUCAGACCCUCCAUGCAGGCUGGGCUGGCCAAGAUCCAGGUGAACCUCUGACCUCUUUUUCAGGGAUUGCUCCUCUCCUUGCCACUGUUCUGCCCCCUCCCCAAGCCAGCCCUAGUCUGAUGUCCCAGAGAGGACAGUGGGGUUGACAUUGGUAGGCCUGGAAGUUUCCAUUGCCAGGUGGAUCUUGGAUCACGUUCCUUUGUGUAGCUCCAUCUCUGAUUUAUGAACGUGUUUUGUUUUGUUCUGUUGUGGGGCAUGGGUGCCAAGCCCUCUCUCAGCUUCCUCAGCUCCAUACAUCCUUCACGCUUGCCCUCAGCAGCCUGUCAAUCACAUCAAGGUCACACCUUCAUUGUCGCAACACAAUUCUCUCCUUCCAUAUUCCCAUUUUGACCUCCUUGGCCCCUCACCCGCCCUUGUUCACUGUGGCAACUCCCAGGUACAGAAUCAGGCUUCCUCCUCCAGGAAUCCCCGUAUUUCCUUCAUCCCCCCUGCCUAAAAUCUCUGAACUGGGAGUGAGAGGGGCCCCCACCCAGUAGCUGCCACUCUGGGCAGUCCCACCUAGGCUGUGCAGGCCGGCUGGAGGCUGGUGAGGCUUUGUCCAACCUGAAGACUGGAUAAGCUGCCUUUCCAUACAUCUGCUCUUGAGGCCCAUUUCCCUGACCCCCGGGACCAGCCCCUUCUGCUGCUUGCUCUCGGGCUCCCGCCCAGUGGCGAGCCCCAUCAAGGCUAGGAGGCCAGCCUGCUGGCAGGGCUGAGGUGCCUCCCAGUGCUGCAUUUUAGGGUUGGGGGAAUAAUGUGGGGCCGCUGCACAGACAUGGGCCAGCCAGGAAGAAGAGCUGGAUCUGGCCUCUGGACCUAACCUCAGGAGCCUUCCCUCCCUCCCCAUCAGGGCCUCCCGAUGUUUGUUUUGUACUUUGGACACUCUCAAGAGGGAGGAUGGUGAAUAAAGGGAACUUGUGCUGCUGA